AUGUACCCUCCGGACUGUCCAUCCCAGCCUAGCACCAGUCCAUCGGAAUCUAUAACUUCUCUAACACAGUCUAAGCCCUUUGGAUUGGCGCAACCAGAGAGCCUUCAUCUUACCGAGUGGAACUGCUCCCAGAGGGCUGCCGCAGGACAUAUUUCAAAGUUACAAGACGAGUUUUCAUUGUUCUUCGAUCCCGCAGGUGGAACAUCGCAGUGGUGCCCGAAAAGUGCUCAUGUUCACUAUGUAUUAACAAGGCUGAUAAAAUCCGAAUACUCAAAUCAAGGUUUUUGCGAGGCAGUUUCCCCAAACAUGUACUCUGAUUCUACUUGGGAACCUGAUGGACGGUGGAAACACUAUCGGGACGAGAUAUCGAAGCUAGAAACGCAAAGAGAAUUUAUGCUUACUACUAGCUGUUCUGGACAUUGUCUUCUAUAUGGUCACCAAAUUCCUUUAUACUCGGAACUUCCUAUAAAGCUUGCUGAUUUUGGGGUCCUCCACAGGAGUAUCGGAAUUUGUAAACCGUUUCGAGUACCCUUCAACUGUUUCUUUGAUGAAGACGAUUCCCACAUAUUUUGUAGACCAGACCAAAUUACUGAUGAAAUCAAGGGUUGCUUAGAAUUCAUCUCUUAUUUUUAUGAAAAAAUACUCAAUAUGACUAUGAAAUUUUAUGUUGCUAUAAAGAAUGAAUCAAAGGAAACAAAUGAGGCAUGGAAGAAUGCUCAGAAAGCCAUUUUGGGUGCCUUUCGAGAAUUGGAAAUGCCUUAUAUAAUUGAUAAAGCUUCUGCCCCUCAUUACGGGCCAAAAGUUCAAAUAUUAAUGAGAGAUAAGCAGGAUAGAUUUCGUCUAUAUGCACAUCUACAGCUAGAUUUUGAACUUCCUGAGCGAUUCGAUUUAGCGUACAUAAGUGAGGAUGGUAGAAAGCUGCGACCGAUUUUGAUACAUCGCUCGAUUGUUAACUCUGUGGAGACAAUUCUCGCAGUUAUCGAAUCAGAAUAUGCCGGUUACUGGCCAUUUUGGUUGUCCCCAAACCAGGUGGUGGUGAUUCCCGUCAGUGUUGCCUCCAUUCCGUAUGCACGAACAGUCGAACAGCGGCUUAUCGAAGCUGAUAUUGAGGUACAUGCUGAUCUUAGCUGUGUUGGUUCUCUCAACCGAAGGAUCAAGAAUGCUAUAGUCACUAAGUGUAACUUUAUACUAGUUGUGGGGAAGAAUGAGGCAGUAAAUGGUACAGUCAAUGUGCGAACGAGAAACGACACUGUCCUUGGAGAAUUUACUGUCGAAGAAGUGAUUGCUCAAUUCGAAAAGUUUAUUGAAGAUUUUAGUGACGAUAACCAAUGUGCUGCUGCUUUUGACAAACUACAGGAUGAUGCGGCAGAGAAACUGCUUUGUUGCUAA